AACCAUCGUGUGUGCGUGUUUGAUCGCGAAGGCAAGUUUUUGCGCCAGUUCGGCGGCUACGGUACCGGCCGUGGUCAGCUCGACUCGGCGGCCGGCAUCGCCAUGUUCAAGCAGAAGCUGGUCGUAUCCGAUAGAUACAACCAUCGCGUUUGUAUCUUUGAUCUGGACGGCAACUAUUUGAGCUCUUUUGGCGGUCAUGGCCAGUCUAAUGGAAAGUUCAACAACCCUUGGGGAUUUGGAACUAGCGGCCAUGGGCCAGGACAACUUCAGAAUCCUUUGUUUAUUGCUGUCAAUAGAUUUAAUCAUCAGGUUUAUGUGUCUGAUUCUGCAAACCAUCGAAUUUCUGUAUUUGAUGUACAAGGAACAUAUUUGUUCUCAUUUGGAAGUGAAGGCUUCCAUGGGGGACAGUUUAAAUUCCCUCGUGGGGUUGCUAUAGAUUCGCAGGUGAGUAAGGAACUCUACUGCUUAAAAUUGCUCUGGAACAGUCUCAUUUAGGG